AUGGGUGUGCCAAUUUGUGAUGAACAACGUCCGAGUUGUACUACUUGCAGCCAGAGACAGGAUGAAUGUGUGUACAAUUCCGAGGGGCCUUUUUUUUUCACAGAAAAGCAACGCCGAAGGCCCCAACGCACGAGGCGGUCUUCGGCAGACGAUGUAACAUCUCCCUCCAAUAGAGGCACAUUGCCUCUUCUUGAUCAGUUCGAGGCAGCGGAGGUAUCUGAAAGCACACCUAGACUGAACAUGGAGCAGCUUGAACUUGAGCUCCAGUGGAUCAUGCAUACGCAUAAACUCCUAGCUCGCAGCGAAGAGACCCGCAAGGUCUGGGAGCUAGUGGUGCUAAAAGAGGCUCUCCAGGCACCUUUUCUGAUGCAUGGAAUCUUGGGCCUUUCCGCACUACAUUUGUCAAAACUUCGUGAGCCUGAAAGUCAAUCCAAGUGGCUAAGUGUUGCAAUUUCACACAAAAACAUUGCCCUGUCCAUGUUCUCCGAUCAACUCUCCAAUAUUGACCGAUCCAAUGUCAAAGCAAUGAUGGGCUUUGCUGGUUUGGUAGUGGCAUUUGGACUGGGAAGUGCCCUUACCCCUGGAACUGCUGAUGGCCCAAGUCUGGACUCUUUGAUUAAAAUUUUUACUCUCUCGCGUGGUGUCCAGGCAGUCGCCAGCAGAGAGUUCGAAUUCUUACUCCAGAGUAAUUUUGCUCCUCUCUUCAACAUAACGCAACCAGAAAUAUGUUUGCCCGAUCAUGUCAUAGCUGCUUUUGACCGUCUCUGUGAACUAAACGCUCAGUGUGGCCAGCAAUCUGUUCAUCACAAUUGUCCAGUCUACGAGCGAGUGAUCAAGUCUUUGCGCGACCUAGCGGCUUUCACUUUAACAGAGCCCACAUCAAUGACUCUUGCCGCAGGCUGGGCUAUUCGAGCACCAGCAGAGUAUCUCAGUGAUCUGGAUCAUAGAGUACCCUUUUCCCUCGUGGUGCUAGCCCAUUACUGCGGAUUUCUACACAUGGCCUGCGAGAACUGGUGCGUAGGGCCUUGGGGCUCUGUGGUUUUAGAAGAGAUUAGGCAGUCCUUGCCCUCUGACUGGCAGCCCCAUAUCAAGUGGCCGAAAGAGCAAGUCGGGCUGGCGCAAAGUAACCAACCGGGUACAAUACCUAUGGAGACUUGA